CUCUGCUUAACACACGGAGCGGGUUCCGUAGCCGCGCGCGGCACGGGACGGGACGCCACUUCGCUUGCUCUCGCUCUUGCCUGCGGCUGCGGCGAGCACGGAAGGGGUCGGGGUCGGGAGCGAGGAGCACGAGGCGGAGGAGGCGCCGCCUGCUGCCACCACCAUCCGCGGCGAGGAUGGCAACCUAUGCUCUCCACGUCGCUCGGUCGAGUGGGUUGGCGGAUCUGUUAAAGGGAGACGAUCGGCCUAAUGAGAAAAUGUUUUUUCUCGGACCACGUAUAAGGGUAAAGCUUCCUAGGCCUCAACCACAUCGCGGCCCCACGCCAGGUAGGCCGGGGACUGGCAGGCCAGGGACUGGAAGGCAGGGGAGGCCAGGGGGGCCAGGGGGCUCCGGUGGUGCAGCGAAGGCGGCGGUCCUAGCUGCCGCAGUGGCUGCAAUCGGGAAACUCUGGGAAUGGCGAUGGUAUGCCAUGGGACCAGUUGGUAUCUAUGUACUGGUUCGCUGUGUCAAGUAUGUCAGGCAGCGCCUACGCAACGUCGCCAUCACCAACCGUAACUCCGACCCUGAAGUUUAUCAUCUGGGUGAAAAUGCAGAUGGGGAAGCGAUAUUGUCAGCUUACAUGCUUGAAAUGUUAAAGGAGAAAUACCUUGAUCUUGAUGUUUACACAGCUAGUUCUUCAUUUGGUUCUUAUGAUAAUAGAGGACCAUCUGCCGCAUUCUACUGUACUGAACAUUUCCAUCUCAAGAUUAUGAAUCAUGUCAAUCUUCGCACGCCACUAUUGAAAGAUGUGAAAGAUUCCCUUGAUAGGACGAGGCAGAUGAUGAUAAUGAGUUCUAACGAGAGUGAUGUUGUCAAUGAAGUCAGUGCUGAUUUUUCAUUCUGUCUGCUUUCUCGGGCCGGUCAGGGAGUCGGCCUUUUCAUCAACGAAAAACUGGAUGAUUGUGAUUUUUGGGACUGCUGCUCCCAAACCUUAGAUGAACCAGUUUUUAUUGAAAGAGCUUCUGGUGACUUGAGUUACAUGGCAACCAAACGUUUCAGUGAAGAUGGAUCUUUGAAUGAAACUAUGCCUGGUGACCCUGAGUUUAUUAUCUUUGUAUGUGAUGGUGUUAGCAAUUUGUUGCAGAGCCUGGACUUAGUUCAAUUUGCUUACCAAGGCGUGAGGAACGGCAUGCCAUUGCGCCCUCUCUGUGAAACCCUCCUGGACCUGAUGAAGCCGUCCACUAUCAAGAUGGCGGUUGUACUCGUGCAGUUGAAGACCUACCGGCAGCAAGGGGAGGGUCCAUCAUCCGGUAGUCAGUGAUACAUGCUCGGAGUAACACUGAAUGAGGAACUCCAUGUUUUUUCUUUCUGUGGAUUACGUGGCACAUAAAUUUUUGGUUAUGUAUCUGGUGAAACAAAGGUUAUUGACAACAUAUUAGGGUGCUAGACUAAACAGAAUCUGUGCCACUCAUUUAUCCUAUGGUCGUGCAAACUAUUUGUGGUGCCACUCAUUUACCUGUUGCUUUUGUUGA